UUUAAUCUCUUAAUUAUAAGGUGAGUACUUCAGUAUAAAUGUUUUACAUGGGUCCUAUAUACAAUUUAUAUUUGUACUAUAACGUCCAUUAAAAACCACAAUAAAUAAAUAUAGAAUCAUUGAAAGCAGAAAAGAAAUCGCAUGCAUACAUCACAUAAUAAUUUCAACACACAUUUUAGUUUAAUUAAACGCGUACGUUUGUCACAAAGUUGUAGAAUAUAAUUUCAAAAAACGGAACGUAUUGAGAAAAAGAAAAAACAGUUCGAAAAUGCCUACAAAGCAGGAAUUAAUGGACAUGAUGGAUAAUCGUUUGCCGGGUGAAACACUGCCAUUAAGUGAUAGCGCAUAUAGAGAGCCUCCAGCAUAUCCAGAUUUAGAAAGAGUUUCCUAUGCCAGCCAACAACAUAGGGAAUAUCAUCAGCAACAACAACAAUUUUUACCGCAGCAAGUCUAUACAAUACGUCAACCAGAGGCCAUAACAGUUCAACCUACUCAGUUUGGAACUCGUUCCCAUUUGGCCUAUUGUCCCUCGUGUCAUGCCACCCAGAUGACGCGUUGUGAAUAUCAAAGUGGUAUGAUGACUCAUAUUAUCGCAACUAUUUUGUGUUUUACAACGUAUGUUUUUUAUUCCUUCUACUGGAAAUUUUACGUUUUAUACUUUCAUCCAUUAGAUGCUGCUGUUGUUUGCCAUACUUUUUUAAUAAUUGCAAGAGUGCUCGCCAUUACUGUAGCAAUUGUGGCAGUUAUUUGGGGGCUCAUACAAAAUAAGUGCAACAAAAUUUUGCAAAUCUAUACAUUUAAGUUUUAUUUAUUGUUAAAAAUAAUUCAAAUUUAUUUUUUUAGCUAUUAUUCAAAGUGUUUUAAUUGUUGUCAUCUUGAAUUAUUAUUUUGUUCACUACAUUGAGAUUAGAAUUAAAUUUUAAAUUCUAGUUCCAGUACUAUACUGGUUCUGUUCAAGUUCAGUUCUGGUUCUGUUCUAGUUCAGUUCCAGCU